AUGCCUACAAAGACUACGCUGAGCCUUGGUGCUCUCAUUGCGCUUGCCGGCGCGCAGUCGGCGCCUGGCUUCCCAGUUUCAGCCUCGCAGCAGCUCACUGUCAAGUAUGGCAACAACACCGUUUCACCACCUGGCGAAUUGAUCCCGCGUGGUGUGUGGUAUGCCGGCGAACGCGGCGCCAGCCCUGGGCUGCUGCUCAUGGUCGACAUCGACGUGCCCAGGAACGGUACUCGAGUACCUCUCCUCCACUGGAUGGCCACCAACGUGACCAGCCAAGGCUCAUCCGGAGCUCUCAACGUCCCCAAUAGCCCGGUGCCAUACCUCCAGCCAUCGCCACCAGUUGGCGAUGUUCCUCACGCAUACACGUUCAUCGUCUUCCCCCAGCCUGCCAACUUCACGGUCCCCGCGAAGUACCUGGCUCUGGCGCAGAACCAGUCGCUGCGAGUCGGAUUCAAUACGAGCGCAUUCAUUGCGGAGGUUGGGCUCAAGCAGGCUAUCGCGGCAAACUACAUUACUGUGCAGAACUUGACGGGCACUGCUGCGACUACUUUCCCGCCUGCUAGGCCCACGCAGAGUCCUUCCGCGACUCCAAGCAAGCCUGCCCAGUUCACCGGAACUGCGCCGUUAUCGAUGGUUGGUGGUGCCACAAUGUGGGCUGGACUUGCGGCUGCGAUGCUCGCCGGUGUUGCCGCAGUUGCUUUGUAG